CCACAAACCUAACCGUUCGUGUGGACUGUGGGACAAACAAUGGCAAUUUCUCCUGGGCAGAAAGCAGCGGAGCGAGUUUUUACAUGGUUGAGAUUACCGGGAAGCAUGGCCACACAGCAUCCUGCUCCUCCAACGACACCUCCUGCGCCAUGAAGCUUCACUGUGGCCGCUUGUAUUCUGCAACGCUGGUGGCCUCCACAGAGAGCUGCAACAGCACCAGACCCAGUAACAUUUACUUUAACUCUGCCCCAUGUCUGCCAGACCAUGUCAUGGCUGAGUUAGAUUGUAACACCAAUGUGAUGAAUGUUAACUGGACUCAGACCACCGGUUUUGACCAGUACACCGCCUGGGCCAUCAGUACAGAUGGACACAGAGCCUCCUGUAACACGACAUCCAACCACUGCUCCAUCCGCGACCUCAGGUGUGGAAGGAUCUACGAGGUGGCCGUCACCUCCUCCUCCAUUAACUGUGACAUCAUCGCCGGCUCAGACUACAAGGUUCAGUCGGCUCCUUGUAAAGCUGAGAACACCAGCGCUGAGCUGAACUGUAGCUCCAACAUGAUGAUGGUGAAGUGGCAGGAUGGCAGCAAAGCACAGAACUAUACUGUUAGAGCCACCUCUGGCUCAGGUGUGAACUCCACCUGUGACACCACGGAAAGCAGCUGCUCCUUUCUGGACCUGAGCUGCGGUCAACUCUACACCUUCACUGUGACAGGAUACACUAAUGUGUGUGUGAGCGACAUGAGCGGCUUCAUUGAGAGGCACACCGCUCCAUGUCCACCAACCAGCGUAGCAGCUGAUUUGAACUGUACAACACAUAACGCUCUGAUCAGUUGGACCAAUGCUGCUGCGACUGUAGCCACAGCCUACAGCGUCCUGGCAAUCUCCUCUGCUGGACACAACACGUCCUGCAGUGACAUGGGCACUUCCUGUGACCUGGACCAGCUGAUCUGUGGACAGCAGUACUCUGUCGCUGUGGAGGCAAUCCAUGCUGGAUGUCCAGGACCUGCCAGUGGUCCCGUAAUUUUCGCCACAGAGCCCUGUGUUCCUAUGAACGUCUCGGUUCAUUACAAUGUCAGUGAUGCUUGGGUGAUGUGGAGCCCAGCUGAGGGUGCCACCUCAUACUAUGUUCAGGCUGUGGCAAAGAGCGGGUCAUCGGUCAUGUGCACCACCAAUACCACCAGCUGCUUCCUCCAUGACCUCCUAUGCAGUCAUAUUUACAACUUCACCGUAACAGCAAGUAACAAGGCCUGUGGCAAUGUGAUCUCUGACACAUCCCACAUCACAACAGCACCCUGUCCACCCACAAACAUUCAAACCAGCAUAUCCUGUGAUCAGCUCACUGCAACUGUGUCCUGGCAGCAGAGCAACCUUGCUGUGGGCUACAUCGGCUACUUUGACAACCAAAGUGGACGCUACACCUCCUGCGUUGGGACAGGCACAGAUACGAGCUGUGUGGUCUCAGGGUUGAGGUGUGGCUCUCUCUACAGAGUCUGGGUCAAGGCUUUGGGAGAGCAGUACAACAGCACAGACAGCUCUGUUGUCUCACUGACAUCAGCACCUUGCCAGCCACGCAGCAUUGAAGCCUUCAUAGACUGUCAGGCCCACUCUGCUACUAUAUCCUGGCAGCCCAGUGUUGGAGCUGUGUCCUACGCUGCCGUGCUAACAUCUUCAUCAGGCCAGACCACCAGCUGCUUCACCAAUGCCACCAGCUGUCACCCGAGCUCCCUGCUUUGUGGUGAAGAGUAUAACGUCACUAUAAAGGCUCUUGGAGAGGUGUGUAACAGCACGGCUCACAUGGCAGGACACCUCAUCACAGAACCAUGUGCUCCAGUCAAUCUAUCCGUCCACUACAACGGGAGCGCUGCCUGGGUGAUGUGGUCCGCAACAACAGGCACCAGCUCCUACUCUGUAUUGGCUGCGACAGAGCAGGGCCUGAUCGUUACCUGCAACUCCACCACCGCUCAGUGCUACCUGACAGGCUUGCAGUGCAGUCAGACCUACAACAUCACCGUGAAGACCAGAAACUCGGCCUGCAACAACACCGUGACCUCAGUGCCCUACCGCCUCAUAACAGCACCCUGCCCACCCACAAACAUUCAGGCUAAUAUGUCAUGCGAACAGCUUAGUGCAACUGUGUCCUGGCAGCAGAGUGACCUCGCUGUGGGUUACGUCGCCUCCUUGGAUGAACAAAAUGGCCACUCCAUCUCCUGCGUGAGCACAAACACAGACACCUUCUGUAGUGUGUUUGGGCUGAUGUGUGACAGAGUCUACAGAGUUUGUGUCAAAGCAUUAGGAGAGCAGUACAACAGCUCAGAAAGCUCAGUGGUCCAUCUUACAUCGGCUCCAUGUCUGCCCAGUAAAGUUGCAGCAGAAGUCAGCUGUGAGUCUGGUGAUGCCGCUGUGUCCUGGAGUUCUCCUUUCUCACUGUUGCCCUUCAGAAAACCAACAAACAUCUCAGUCGUGGCCAUUAUCGGAGGAAGCCUUCAGACUCUGUGCACAACUCAGCACAGCUACUGUAACGUAACAGGUUUAAGCUGCGGGGAGACCUAUAACCUUAGCCUCACCUCUACCAAUGAGCAAUGCAGCCUCACAGCUAAGACGCACGUCAACAUCACCACACGCCCCUGCACACCUCGGCGUGUGUCAGUCAGUCUGCUGUGUGGCAACCAGACUGCUGUCUUAUUCUGGGAUGGAAUACCCGACGUUGAACUGCACACAGCAAAUGCCGUCAAAUCAUCAGGAGGAGAAUUCAAAACAUGCAACUCCUCAGGUUCCUCCUGCAAGCUCACUGGUCUGGACUGUGGAGAGAUGUAUAACUUUACAGUCGCAGCAUACAGUAAUGGCUGCUGGAGCCAAGCGAGUAGCCCUACUCUCAUCCAAACAGAACCUUGCCAACCUGUGAACGUUUCUGGUCAGACGUUCUGUGACAGUGAGGAGGUGCAGCUCUCCUGGUAUCAAGCAGGCGCUCGAGCUAAUUAUUCAGUCACAGCGAUAGGGAGCCUUGGGUACAUGGGAGUCUACAACACAACCCAAACCCUUUAUUCAGCCACUUUACCCUGUGGACAGCACUAUAACGUCACCGUACAAGCACGGAACAGCCAUUGUUAUGGCAUUCCCAGCAGUCCUUUCUUCUUUAAAACUGGUCCAUGCAUCCCCAGGGAUGUGGUGACCUUGGCCCAGUGUAUGUACAGUGUGGGGUCUGUCAGCUGGAGCCCCAGCGAUGGCGCUGAAUCAUACAUUGCUAAAGCAACUGGUCUGGAUGGCCACACUCACCUGUGCUUCACCAACACCACCUCCUGCACUUGGACCGACCUGCACUGUGGCGAGCAGUACGUAGUUGUAGUCGGCGCAAAGGCUGACAGCUGCAUCCGCAUGGCGAGCAACUCCUCUGUCAUCCACAUGAAUUCAUGCAGGCUCCAGAACUUGGCUGCCACUGUGAACUGUGACAAAAAAGUUGUUUCUCUGGGCUGGGACAUCAGCAACAGGACAGAGACCUACAAGGUUUCAGCUGAGACAGGAGACGAAGUCAUCAGUCUUAGCACCAACAUCACCACGGCCCUUUUCUCUGAAUUUAUGUGUGGCCAAAACUACAACCUUACAGUCACCCCUUCCAACCAGCACUGUCCUGGCAUCUCGAGCGCGUCCGUCUCUGUCCAGACCUGGCCGUGCAUGCCGGCGGGAAUCUCCACCAUGCAGAAUUGCAUCUCCAGCAUCGUCAUGGUAGCCUGGAAUUCCUCCGAAGGCUCAGAUUACUACACGGCCACCAUGCAGACGGACACAGGCAUCUCACAGAUGUGCAUGUCAGAAACCAAUAUGUGCAGCGUUCCCAGCCUGACGUGUGGACACAACUUCUCUGUGUCAGUCACAGCUUCCAACCAGCAGUGUAACAUCUCCUCCAGAGAAACAACAAGACUGCAGUCAGUGCCGUGCAUUCCCACUAAUGUCUCUGUGAAAAUGAAUUGCUCCCAAAACUCGGCUGCUGUGUCCUGGUCUCCCAGUCGGGGUGCUGUGCGGUACACGGUGUUGGCCAACGGCAGUCAAAGCGACGACAGCUGCACAGCAUCUGACCUCAGCUGCCUCACAUGUGGUGCAAACUACAUGGUUCAGGUGGUGGCGAUGGCUGAAAGCUGCUCCAGUCGCCCCAGUCAGCCUGUGCUUUUUCAAUCAGGCCCCUGCCCGCCCCACAACCUGAACACCCAGCUCAGCUGUUUGUCAAAUAACCUGACUGUUACCUGGGAUGCUGUUAGAGAUGCUGACCAUUUCUUGGUUUCCCUAACUGCUGUGAAUGGAGGAACUAGUGAAAUAUGCAACACUACUAACAGUGCUUGUUCCACCAGCAACUUAACAUGUGGCAAUACAUACACUGUUCAAGUCACCUCUGUAAGAGGUGACUGUCAAAGCAAGAAUAAUCAGACCUACAUCAUCAAGUCAGCUCCUUGUCAGCCUCAAGGAGUCAGAGGCCACCUCAAUUGUGUGACCAACUCUGCCUGGAUAUCCUGGGACACUGUUCUGGGGGCAGAGAGCUACACCGUGUUAGCUGUUGGGGACGAGACCUACACAGCCAACUGCACAACUUCCACCAAUACAACAUGUGAGGUGGAAAACCUGGCCUGUGGUGUUUCCUACAAUUUCACUGUCACCUCUAAAAACAGCCAAUGUGAGAGUCCACCAAGUGCAUCCAUCAGCUUAAAGACAGCCCCCUGUUCCCUUUCUGGUAUCACCGCCUUCGCUCAGUGCCAUAAAUCCUCCAUCCUUGUUGAGUGGGAACUUGCAGAGGGCAACACUAGUUACAUAGCCACAGCAGAGGCCACGGACCACACCUACCUGUUCUGCAACAGCACCGGAACCAGCUGCUACCUCCAGAAAGCACAGUGUGAUCUCCGUUACACCAUCAUUGUGGCAGCCUCAUCAGACAAAUGCAGCUCUUUGAGAAGUCCACCCUACAGAAUUAGCAUGGAGCCCUGUGCUCCCAGGGGUGUAGUGGUGGACGUCUCCUGUAAGGAUCGCAGCGCUCUGGUGUCCUGGACCCCCUCUCCUGUUGCUGAAACCUACCACGCCGUUGCUGUGGCUGCAGACGGACAUAAACACAUCUGCAACACCUCCUCCAGUAACUGCAGCAUGUCAGAGCUCCACUGUGGCCAGCAGUACACAGUAACUGUGGUAGCUAGUCAUGAGAACUGCACCAGCAAAGCCAGUCACAAUGCAACAGUGAUUACAGGCCCCUGCCAGCCAAGUGGACUCUCCGUGACUUUCAAUUGUAACAAUCAGUCUGCGAUGCUAACAUGGAUGCCCAGUGAUAAUGCUAAAGACUAUUACGGCUUUGCUCAAACUGAAAACGGAGACAGGCUCUACUGUCACAGCACAGUGCCCGGCUGUACAAUCAACGGGCUUGUUUGUGGAACAGUUUACAAUUUCUCCGUGCAGGCCUCAGAUGGAACGUGCAACAGCUCCUUCAGUGACCCUGUGCGGAUUGCAGGAGUUCCUUGCCCUCCUCAAGCUGUUGAGGUGCAGCCGAUACCAAUGAAGAUGGAGAUCCAGGUGAUGCACUUCAGCUGGACGGAGAUCAUCUGUGCAGAAACAGAGUACCUGCUGACCCUGACAGGAAGUCUGCUGGGAGACAGCCAGGCUCUGUUUGACAUCUCCUCCUACUGGACCAACGAGACAUACUUUGAGAUCACUCUUCCCUGCAGUUCAUCUUACAUUGCCACGCUGCAGAGCAGGAAUGCUGCAGGCACGAGCGGCAAAUCAGCGUCCCGCAAUGGGACAACAGCCCCUUGUCCACCAUCAGGAGUGGUGUACAGCGGUAACAGCUCCUUUGCCACUGUUUCGUGGAACUCCUCAGUGUUUGCCACCACAUACACCCUGUAUGAUGACAGUGUAUCCCCAAAGAAGCAGCUGUGCAACACUACAAUGCUGUCCUGUUCCCUGUCCAACAUCUCCUUCGGCAGUCUGGUGGUCACAGCCCGCAAUGCUGCAGGAGAAAGUCCAUCUGCAAAUGUCAUGGGAGUUACAUCACAGUUGCGCAGGAGGAGAGAUCUCAGGGAACAAAUACCAGUAAAUGGAAACAUCCCCGCUCCGCUGCUGGACGUCACACAAGCCUUCCCAACAAUAGUUUUCCUUCAGUGGUCUCCAGUGAAAAAUGCUUCCUUUUACAGGCUGCUGAUCAGGAAGCAAGGCAGCUCCAAUGACAACCAAGAACUCACUGUGUACGGGGAGAGGAUCAUUCUCAGCGAUCUGAGUCCUAACUCUGCUUACUGUUUCUCCAUCUUGGCUGUUAAGGCAGAUGUGAUUGGACCAGAGUCGGAGCCUGUGUGUGUGCAGACAGGCCAAGGGCUUACACAGUAAAUGAGAAAAUCCCCUUGUUUGGUUAAAGUUUCAUGAUGCUGGUCUGCUUAGGAAAAUGUCAUGGUUGAACAGGUGGAAGCACACUUAAGGUGACAUGGCCUGUGCUCAUAGAGUACAAGGACUUUAGAUGUAACAGAUUAUAGAAAAUUGUUUGGGUAGUAUUAUGCUUUGAAAUAAAAUUUCACACUUUGGCUUAAAUGCAUGUUUAAAACCUGUUUGUACAACUAAUUAUCGUCUUCUGUUGCUUAAAGUUGCGUAAUGUUAAUAUAGAGGUUUCAUUCCUUUAGGUAUUUUUUUCAUUUUGUAUGUAAAUGCUACAUGAACGUGCUUAUAGGUUAUAUAUCAGUAAGUUUACAAACAUGACCAAAGAUGCAUUUAAAAAUGUAAAAUGUAUUUUAUUAAUGAUUAAAAAAAAAAACAUUUUUACUCUUUCAAUUAAA